GUGCAGAUUGUGUACAGUGCUGUAGCUUAUGAGCGAUAGGGAGGAACAGCAACCGGACGACCGGAUCUUGCGAUCGGCAAGGCCCCCGAUUGCCCACUUGGCAUUAGGUCCAGAGGGUGACAGAUACCUGUUCCGCCAGGGUAGAGAAAGGUUGCAGCAGCAAAGGAGGGCUAGAGCAGCAGAGGCUAGCAGGACACUUGUGAGUGAGGCCGCAUCUUCGGAAGCCAUGGCCACUUCAGCGCAACAGACUUCUCAAGCCGGUAGUUCAGGGUCUGUCGGGUCAACGGUCGCGCAGACCCAGAGUCAGUCCACUGGCGGAAUGGCGAGCCAGCCAUUGGUGUUGACCUUCGAUGAGAUUGCCAUACAGGAGGCAACUCUAAAAGAGGCACAACUACAACAUGCAUUAGGACAGAUAAAAGCGGAGAAGGAAAGAAUGAUUAGAAGAAGAGUCAGGAUGUUGCGGAGAGAAGCGGAUGUCAGUGAGUUAGAGGAGAUGGACCUGACGCACGCAACGGAUGAUGUGAGGAUCAUCCGGUCUGUCCUGCUGAAUGUAGUGGAGAUGCAGGACCAGCAAACAUCCAUCCUUCAGGGCAUCCCGCAAAGUGAGGCCAACAUCAAUAUGCACAACUUUCCUUCGUUUAGCAAGAAGGCCCUAGACCUUGAGGCGAAGAUAGGGCAUGGACAGCCACCCACUACGGAUGGUAGGAGGAAGACCCUGCCUCCUAACUGGAAGGCGAAAGAGCGCAUUAUGUUUGUCGAUAACGAUGGUUCUACCAUCGAAUUAGACGAACACUUCCAGGAAGGAGUAGGUUCAGAGGCUGGCAGCGCAGAAGCUUCAAAGGGUGGAGUAGUCGUUGCCGUCGCUCAGAAAGCAAAAUUAGGAGGAGGGUAUGUACCUAGUUUGUCUCUGCUGCAGGCGCCGGUGAAAAUGUCGCCGGAGAUAGAGGGAGUAGUUGCCAAGUACCCUGAUUUAUUUGAAGAGCCGAUAGGGGUUGUAGAGAGGGAGGUCGUCCACGCGAUAGAGAUUAUUCCACAGUCUAGUAUCCCGAAGGGUAGGAUCUAUCGGAUGUCUCCAGGCGAGCUCGAUGAGCUUCGUCGACAACUCAAGGAACUCUUAGAAAAGGGUUGGAUCCGGCCGAGUGUCUCUCCUUAUGGAUCUCCAGUACUAUUAGUACCUAAGAAGGAGGGUACACUUAGGAUGUGCAUUGACUAUAGGGGCCUCAAUGCCAUCACGGUAAAGAAUAGAGAGCCCCUACCGCGCAUCGAUGAUCUGCUAGAUAGAGUGCAAGGGUGUCGGUACUUCAGUAAGAUAGAUAUGAAGUCCGGGGAUCAACACAAAACCGCCUUUCAGACCAGGUACGGUCUGUACGAGUUUGUGGUGAUGCCUUUCGGCCUUUGCAAUGCUCCUGGCACCUUUCAGCACGCUAUGAAUCGGAUAUUCCAUGACUACUUGGAUAAGUUUGUCAUUGUGUACCUCGACAACAUACUUAUUUUUAGUAAGACUGUCGAGGAGCACAUUGCACAUUUGGACAAAGUCCUCAGUCUCCUGCGACAGCACAAGUUCAAGAUCAACGGUGAGAAGUGCGAGUUUGGUCGCACCCGUGUCUUGUACUUGGGUCAUGAGAUAUCCGCGGAAGGGUUGAAGCCCGAUAACGCGAAGGCGGUCAGCAUUCGUGAUUGGCCACGUCCUCGGUCUGUGACUGAGAUGAGAUCUUUCUUAGGAAUGACAGGCUACUAUAGGACUUUCGUUAAGAACUAUAGCAUAGUGGCCGCUCCUUUGACUGAUUUGACCCGCCUUGACACCCCAUGGGAGUGGACAGUCACCACGGAUGCCAGCCAAUAUGGCAUUGGCGUCGUGCUCGCGAAGCAGGAGGGGCCAAAGUUGAGGCCUGUAGAGUACAUGUCCAAGAGAAUGUCGUCUCAGAAGUUGGCUAAGUCCACCUAUGAGAAGGAACUCUAUGCGGUGUACAAGGCUCUGACCCAUUGGAGGCACUAUCUCCUUGGGAGGUUCUUCAUCCUCAGGACUGAUCAUCAGACCCUGAAAUGGAUGAGAACUCAGUCGGUGCUCUCCGACGCUCUCAAGCGUUGGAUCGAAGUCAUUGAGCAAUAUGACUUUGACCCUCAGUAUCUGAAAGGGGAGUACAACAAGGUUGUUGAUGCCUUGUCGCGUAGACCUGAUUUCUCAGGUGCGCUGAUUACUGAGUUCGAUCUGACGGACAAUGUUACUCAGUCCUUGGUGGAAGCCUAUCGCGAGGACCAGUUCAUGUCUGAGAUCAUACGCAGACUCCAGGCAAAGGUCAAGAAGACCUCUGCCGAGUUUGAAUUGGUCAAUGUCUUGCUGUUCCUUGAGAAGGUAGGGAAUAAACGAUUGUGUGUCCCUAAUAGCGAGUCUUUGCGUAGUUUAUUUUUAGGUGAAUGUCAUGAUGCCACCGGUAAUUUUGGGUACAAAAAGACCGCAGCUAAUCUGCUGCAGCGAUUCUGGUGGCCCACGAUGAUGCGAGAUGCUCAGCUGUACGUGGAGACGUGUCAAGUUUGUCAAAGAGACGGGCCACGUACACAGGCCCCUCUUGGGCUCUUGAAGCCGCUUCCGAUUCCGGAAAGGCCUGGUGAGAGUCUGUCCAUGGAUUUCAUGGAUACUCUGAUCACCAGCAAGAGUGGAAUGCGCUAUAUCUACGUCAUUGUGGAUAGAUUUAGUAAGUUUGCUAGAUUAGUAGCGAUGUCGGCAACAGCUAACACGGAGUAUGUCAUUAAGAUGUUCAAGGAGAAUUGGGUUAGAGAUUUUGGGUUGUCCAAGUCCAUACAGCAUGAAGGCCCGAAGCUGCUCGUUACUGAUUCCCAGGCCAUGGACAUUGUUCAUCCUUGGACACUGGACCGUUCAACAGGGAAGCCAAUAAUUGACAUCACAACCUUCAGCAUCGCCUUGAUUCAGAGGCAGACUGAUGGGAGACUUGGUCUUCUGGUUAAAGGGUUGGAAGCUUACAAAUCGCUAAGGCCUGGAGACCGGGUUUUGGUGGCAGAAGCGUGCAAUCACAACCGCAUAACUGAACUCUGCAAUGACAUCGCCACUGUCCAGAUACCACAGCAAAUUUCAAAAGAGAAUCCCAAAGGGGGAGUGAUUAUUGAUCAUGCUUUUGGUCGUGAGUUCCCCGAUUUAGAUGGGGUGGAUGGGCUGAGGCAGUACCAGCUUGCAAUCCACUGUGGUGGCUGCAUGGUCGAUCGACAGAAGAUACUUGCGCGCAUCACCGAUUUGGAAGAAGCAGGUGUGCCAGUCACAAAUUUUGGCCUGGUUUUGUCGUAUGCGGCAGCUCCAGAAGCAUUUGCCCGAGUGUUGGAGCCCUACGAUGUGGAGAUUCCGAAGAGUGUGUUUCUUCAGAGCCAUGCACAGUGUGCAGCGUGAAAAAGACAACCAACCGAAGGCUAUCUCCAUCACUAUUCAGUCAUCAUCGUAACCCCGUGACCAAAUAUUAUGCCUGAGGAUAGGUGGCUCCUCCCUCCCUUUUCCUCUGUCCAGAAUGGAUGGAUGGAUCUGUUUUAAAAUCUUUAACCUUUUUUUUUUGUAGGAAAUAAUCAAAUAAAGGAUGUGCCAUCAUUCAGGAAUCGGGCAUGUGCAGUCACUGCAUGCAUGACAAAAUGACACUAGUUUGUCCCAGCCUGCGGCUCUGAUCAUGCAUUCACUGACUAAUGAUGGCCGUCUCGUCAUUAGGAUAACUGUCUGGUUUGCAGGAUGGUGCUCGCUCAUGUGCACUGCCGAAGACUGAUGAUGCAAUUGCUCCAAUGAUUCCUGUGCGCAGCUAGAUCACUUGCGUGUUGGACGACAUGAGGAAAGUAAGUAUAGUUGAUAUCCAGGUCAUCCAGUAAGUAUAGUUGAUAUCCAGAUCAUCCAGUAAGUAUAGUCGAUAUCCGGAUCAUCCUCGUCAUUGGGUGCAAUUGAUGCAAACAAUUCCCUGCAAUUCGAUGUCCUUGAGAGCGAUUGCUAUUUCUCGUGGCGGAUGACGACAAGCAGACAACGUGGAAACCCCUGCCAAUCCGGGCUAUCCUCACCAUUGGAUAGCUAGUAGCCUGCUGUAGAUUGUGGGACCUUGAUUGAGAGUGGCUCAACAUGCGUUUGAAAUUGGGGCCAGGGAAUGCAUCUCGGAGUAGGAAUCAGCAGAGAGGAUGGAAAUUUUAUGGCGUUGCUGUUACUCAGUUCCUAGCCUUUUCCACCACUUAGAUUGUUUCUGUGGGGGCUGUAUAUGUUCAUUCAUUGAACUUAGUAUUUGUGUGGUUUCAUCGUCAGUAAUUGGACUUUCCGGGAUGUUGCGGAUGUCCUCAUGUGAAUAUGCACUGAGACAUU